AUGUCGAAAGCACUGGUAUCUCUGAUUGGAAAGAGGGUGUUGGGCGAAACCGCCAAGAAUCACUUCGGCACCGAGGACCCUUACUUCGAAGAAGUCCCAGCCUCUCGACUCGGCCGUACCUUCGGGAAGAAGAAGCAGAAGCGUCGCAAGGCCAUUCCCCCAGGCUUAUCAGACAAUGAUAGCAAAGUCUUGACGAAGGUCAAGCGCAGAGCCUACCAAUUGGACUAUGCGCUCUUCAACUUAUGCGGAAUCCGCUUCGGUUGGGGAAGUGUAAUUGGACUCGUUCCAUUUAUCGGUGAUGCUGGUGACGCCGCUCUUGCGAUGAUGGUCGUGAGAUCAUGCGAAGGCAUCGAUGGUGGACUUCCUGCAUCCCUGCGCAUGAAGAUGAUGAUCAAUGUGAUUGUCGAUUUCGUCAUUGGUCUUGUGCCGUUCAUUGGUGAUCUUGCCGAUGCUGUGUACAAAGCCAACACCAGGAACGCAGUCAUUCUCGAAACCCACUUGCGCGAAAAGGGCGCCAAGGCCGCUGCGAAGCGAAGCAGACGGCGGUCACAAACACGAAGAGAUGAAGGAAGACGAGAAGAAGUCGAGGUCGACCAUAGCCUUCCUGAUGCAUUUGAUAGACAAGAAGGUGGGGUGGUCAGCGAUAGCCCCCCAGCAUACGAUUACAUCCAUCCAUCGAGCCAUGGGGCAGGUCACAACUCCGGCCCUGAGCCACCAACCAGACCACAGCCAGCGAAAAAGCCCAAGAACAACCGUUCUUUUGGUAGGUGGUUUGGUGGAGCGAGUCAUCCCGAAGAAGAUUUGGAGCGAGGUGGACGGUAA